AUGAACAUGGGCUUCUCUAAGAGGUCUUACCUCGUGCCUUUGGGGAACACAGCUCAGAAAAGUGUUGCCGACUCGAACAUUCUCGCUUCCAGGACAUGCCUCCUGCUCAUGAUGGUGCUGGCUCUGAAUGGAGUCUUCGUCCUGGAGCAGCCAGCACUGAGCUGGUUCGAAUGGUUCCCUCGGUUCAGGGAUCUUUGCAAGAAGUGGAAAAUCUGGAGGGUUUCCUGGUAUAUGUUGCACUAUGGCGCUCCUACCCCGAAACGCCACUUCGCUUACUCGAACUCACCCUGCAUUCGGCGCUUCAGUCGGGGCAAGCUACGAGGUUGGAAGAAGAAGGUCCUGCCAGGAGCUCCUAAAUCUGCUCAUUACUACAAGGAUGCCAAGGGGAAGAAAUGCUAUGUGGGGACGAAAUUUCUGAAAGGAACAGGGUCAGGGACUGAGUUUCAUAC